AAUUAUAACAGCAUUCAUUUUUGUAGAAAGUUGCAAUUUUUUUCUCUUUGAGAAGAUAAAAUCCUGGAAAAGAUUACGAGGGGAAUCAGAAAGCACAGCCUAAAGGGGGGAGGAUGAAGCGGCGCAAUGCGGAAUGCAGCAAACUCCGUCGGCCGUUAAAACGGAACCGAAUCACCGAGGGUAUAUACGGCAGUACUUUUCUUUACCUCAAGUUUCUGGUCGUGUGGGCACUGGUACUGCUGGCAGACUUUGUGCUGGAGUUCAGAUUUGAAUAUCUGUGGCCCUUCUGGCUCUUCAUCAGAAGUGUGUAUGACUCCUUCAGAUACCAGGGGCUGGCAUUUUCAGUAUUUUUUGUGUGUGUUGCGUUUACAUCAGAUAUUAUAUGCCUCCUCUUCAUACCUGUACAAUGGCUGUUCUUCGCUGCCAGCACCUACGUUUGGGUUCAGUACGUGUGGCACACAGAAAGAGGCGUCUGUCUACCCACAGUGUCUCUAUGGAUACUGUUCGUAUAUAUAGAAGCAGCAAUCCGCUUCAAAGACCUGAAAAACUUUCACGUCGAUUUGUGUCGUCCAUUUGCCGCACAUUGUAUCGGCUACCCCGUGGUGACGCUGGGCUUCGGCUUUAAGAGCUACGUCAGCUACAAGAUGCGCCUGCGGAAGCAGAAGGAGGUGCAGCGGGAGAACGAGUUCUACAUGCAGCUGCUGCAGCAGGCGCUUCCCCCCGAGCAGCAGCUGCUCCAGAGGCAGGAGCGUGAGGCGGAGGAAGCUGCAGCGGCCAAGGGGAUCUCAGAGGCGGAUUCCCCGGCAGCGUCACAGAACGGCGCGCCGGCCAACAAAAAGACCUCCCUCCCACUUCCAGAACUGGAGUACAAAGAGAAGGUCAAGGAGGGCAGGGACAAAGAGGCCAAAAAACACAAUGUGGGAAUAAACAACAACAUCCUGCAGACAGUAGACUCUAAGCUCCAGGAGAUCGAGUACAUGGAGAACCAGCUGAGCAGCAAGAGACUGAACAACGACCUGGCAGGGAGCACGGAGAACCUCCUCCUGAAGGAGGAGACGGGGGGCGGGGCCGGCAGCGCCUCCUCCAAGAACUACAAGAACGCCAGCGGGGGCGUGGUCAACUCCUCCCCGCGCAGCCACAGCGCCACCAAUGGCAGCGUCCCGUCCUCCUCCUCCUCCUCAUCCUCCUCCUCUUCCUCUUCGUCCUCCAGUAAGAGCGAGAAGAAGCAGAGGUGUCUGGGGAAGAGCCCCGCCCCCCACAGAGACCUGAUGGAGAACUGUAUACCCAACAACCAGCUCAGCAAGCCGGACUCGCUCGUACGGCUGGAGCAGGACAUUAAGAAGCUGAAGGCGGAUCUGCAGGCCAGCCGGCAGGUGGAGCAGGACCUGCGCAGUCAGAUCGGCUCCCUGAGCAGCACGGAGCGAAGCAUCCGCUCCGAGCUGGGCCAGCUGCGGCAGGAGAAUGAGCUGCUGCAGAACAAGCUCCACAACGCCGUCCAGGCCAAGCAGAAGGACAAGCAGACCAUCAGCCAGCUGGAGAAGAGGCUGAAGGCGGAGCAGGAGGCGCGGGCGGCCGCCGAGAAGCAGCUGGCCGAGGAGAAGAAGCGCAAGAAGCUGGAGGAGGCCACCGCGGCGCGGGCCGUAGCCAUGGCAGCCGCCUCCAGAGGGGAGUGCACAGACUCGCUCAGGAGCCGAAUCCGAGAGCUGGAGACAGAGUGCAAGAAGCUCACCAUCGACAUGAAGCUCAAAGAGGAGCAGAUCCGGGAGCUGGAGAUGAAAGUGCAGGAGCUGCGUAAAUACAAGGAGAACGAGAAGGACACGGAGGUGCUGAUGUCAGCGCUCUCAGCCAUGCAGGACAAGACACAGCACCUGGAGAACAGCCUCAGCGCCGAGACCCGGAUCAAACUGGACCUCUUCUCAGCGCUGGGUGAUGCCAAGCGACAGCUGGAGAUCGCACAAGGUCAGAUCCUCCAGAAAGAUCAGGAGAUCAAGGACCUCAAACAGAAAAUCGCCGAGGUGAUGGCGGUGAUGCCCAGCAUCGCCUACACAGCCGACGCCAACAACAUGAACCCGGUGGCGCCCCACUACUCCUCCAAAUUUAUGGACAGCAGCCCGUCGGGCCUGGACCCCAACGCCUCGGUCUACCAGCCCCUCAAAAAGUGAAUGCUCGCCCCCCCUAUGUUAUUAUUAUUAUAUUAUUUUUUUCGGCCCAGUUAAAGAUGAACUCUUGUGUAUUUAAUGCUGAGAACGUCUUUUUCGUUGUUGUUGUUGUUGUUUUCUCUCCUGGUUAAGAAGACAUCGUAUGGUGUGACUGUAUUGUUGUAGUUAAAAGACAAAAAAGGGACAUCGCAUCAACUAGGACUGCCCAGUGUUAUUUUUUUUGUUCCCUUGUAAAUGUUUAGAGAACCCUCACAGAACAUUGC